AUGAAGUUACCUUAUUUACCAAAUGAUUAUUCCAAGAAGGAACAUGUCAUUCUUUUAACUAUUUUAUUAUUAUUAACUUUUACAUCUUUCAUUUUAACAAUUAUUUCAACCACUGGUUCAACUUCAAAUUAUGUCCCAUUGACAAAUAUUUAUUUAGGGACAGCUGAUAUUACUCAUAUUAAUGUUACAAAAGUUGUUCCACAAAUUGGUCCAAUUUUAUUGAUUUUAGGUACUGCUUUAACUGCUCCAAAUAGAACUUUAGAUAAUAUUUUCGAUGCUUUAAAGACAAUUUCUGAAACUCCUGCUUUAACUCCAUUGAUGUAUCUUUUAUCAAAUGCGCAAAAUGUUUCUCAAUCAGUAUUAUCGUUAACUCAAUUAGCUCCUUUAGCAAUUAGUGGAAAUCCAGCAACUGAUACAAAGGAUUUAGUUGAAAUUAGUGGGUUAUUAAAAAUUUCAAAUAAUCAAUCACAAACUUUAGAUGGUUUAAAAAAUUUAGUUGUACCAAUGUUAACUUCUUCAACUAAUAAUAGUAAAGAAGAUCAUACAACAGAAUUAACUUUAGAAUUAUUAGCUGAUUCAAAGGAUCCAACAUUAGUCGCUAAUUCAUUAUCUGUAUUAAAUGGUUUAACUAUGAGUGAAAAGAUGAAAAUGUUACCAAUUUUUACUUUAUUUAGUGAAACUAAUAACAUUACUGAAUUAGUUAAUUCUUUAGGUACUAUCAUGGAAACAGCAGAUAAUGUUUCCCCAGCAAGAUCUCAAUUGGUUUUAACUACUUUACAAACAAUGUUAGCAUCAAAUCCAAAUGUUACUACAGCUUUCUCAACAAUUUCAAGUUUAGCAUCUGGUGAUGAUGAAAAAGCAGCCAUUGGAGCCAUUAAAAAUAUCCUUGAAGAAUCAACUGAUGUUAAUAAUACUUUAACUACUUUAAAUAAUCUGAUUAAGUCAAAUAUUACUCAAUCAGAAUCUUCAAAGGAUUCAAUGGUAGCAUUAAGUUCAAUUAUUAAUAAUGUUAGUAAUCAAAGUAAGGCCAUCUCUACAAUUUCUCAAUUGGCAGCAAAUACGGAUACAGUAAGUACUACUGCUCAGUUAGAAGCAUUAUUAGAAAUGUUAGAUGCUACCGAUCAAGGUCCAGAUACUAUUGAAAUUUUAGCUUCUUUACAAACAAGUUUAAAUCCAAAUAGUACCACUUUUAAAUAUAUUCCAUCAUUAUUCACUUUACUGGAUGCUUCUGCUAAUCCACCUGUGUCAUUCUCUUCAUUGGUAACUUUAACAGCAUGGGCUCAACAAAACCCUGAAACAUUCAUUCCAAUUGUUGCUAUCUUAGAUGAUGCAUUAAAAGUAGAAAUGGUUUCUGAGGAACAAUUGAAAGAAAUGACACCAAUUUUACUAGAAUAUUUAGAAAUUCCAGUAUAUUUCCAAUUGUCAAUCUUUACAUUAUGUACAAGAAAUUUGAAUCAUGAUAUUCUAGAGUGUUCCGCUUCACACGCAGUUCAGAAUUUAGAUUUUAGACAAAUUAUUUAUGAUGCCUUGUCCAAAUCAGAAUUUGCUCCUUACUUAAAUGCUUUAGAUAUUGGUCCUAAUGAGCUUUAUUUGGAAGGUGACUUGUUAGAGAGAGAACAUGAAUAUGUUCCUUCUAUUAAAGCAGUAUUGUCUAUGAAUAUACUUGCUAUUAUCUUCUCAUUUAUCACUAUGGUUACUAUUGCCUUUUUAUUCUGGAUUAAAUGGAGUUCAAAGAGUUAUGCAUGGGUUAUAGUUAUCUUCCUGGCCGCUGCCACAGCUCUGUUUUUGGGUUUAAGUUGUACUGUAUUAACUGUGGUUCUUCAAGUUAUCAAAUCAGGUACUUACAAAGAUAAUUUCGGUGUUGUAUUUACAGCUGGUCCGUCAUAUAAUGCAAUGAUGUGGUGCGCCUUUUCCUUCAUGGUUAUUUCAGGGUUCAUCUUACUUGUUAUUGGUCUCUACGAAAGACAUCUAAGAAUUCCAUAUUUGAUGAAGAAACAAAAAGAACAAGAUGUCGAAGUUGAAAGUUCAGUCAGUGAAGUAGAUAGUGGUAUUCAAGAACCAAAACCUGAAAUAGCUCCUGGUCAAGUAGUAAGACAUUCAUCUGAGAACUCUUCUGAUUUCUUAAAUAAUGAUGCAGAUGAAAAGCAGGAUCCAGUACCUGAUAUUCAACAAACAAAUACCUCGGGUACAGAUAGCUUAUGA